CAAAACUCAAGAGACGCCAGCUCAAAUGUCAGAAAAAAGCCCCACAUUAUUGCUUGAUUGCAGCCAGAAAGGUUGAAAAAGAUACCCGCUUUUUUGAUUAAUUCGACUACGUAAAACCCCCCCAAAUUCCAUCUCCAAACCAUCUCUCUCCAUCCAAAUCUCAAAACAAACGCCCAAACACCACCAAAAUCCAAUCCAAUCUCCAAAACCCUUCUUCCUGUAAUGGGAUACCUAUCUUGCAGAGCCGACUCUUCAAUCCUCACUUGCAAUACCCAUUCCAGUGCUGUCCAAACGCUCCCCACUUCCAAAUCCGAAAAGCCUAAGAGGAAGAAGAAAACCCUAGAAGGUGAAGAAACAUGGAAAACGCCCACCAUCCAGCACUUCAAUUACAGCGACCUCGAAGCCGCGACUGAUGGAUUCUCGGCCCAGAAGCUGCUGGGCCGCGGCAGCCAUGGUUGCGUCUACAAGGGCGUUCUCCGCGGUGGUCGCCUCGUCGCCGUCAAGAAGCCAUCGCGGCCUACCGCCCAUGCCCAAAAUCCCACAACUCAAUUCUCUUCUGCUGCGGCGGCGGACACGAACGAGGUCGAGAAUGAGAUCGCGAUCCUCUCGAAGAUCCGCAGCCCUCGGCUCGUCAAUCUGGUCGGGUUUACACCGACCCCGACGCGGGACUCAGGUCCUUCUUCGCGGCUUCUGGUCGUCGAAUUCAUGAGCAAUGGCACCCUCUUCGACGUCCUCCAUUCAAGCCAGCGCCCGCCUGGGUGGGGCCGCCGGCUGCGCCUUGCAUUGCAGACUGCCCUGGCCAUUGACACCCUUCAUUCCUCCAUCCCACCUGUCAUCCACCGAGAUAUAAAGUCUGCAAACAUCUUGAUUGAUCGGAAUUUCAAUGCCCGGCUCGGGGACUUUGGAUUGGCACUCCGCUGCCAUGCUGAUGAUUUCCGCUUGCGCUCUACCCCGCCUGCCGGGACCCUCGGAUACUUGGACCCCUGCUAUGUUACUCCUGAUAAUCUUAGCACCAAGACCGACGUCUUCAGCUUCGGUAUCCUCCUUUUGGAGAUCAUCAGCGGCCGGAAGGCUAUGGAUGUGGGCCACUCCCCGCCUUCCAUCGUCGACUGGGCAAUUCCCCUUGUGCGGAAAGGGAAGCUCCUCGCGCUGUAUGAUCCUAGGAUAGCACCGCCGAAGGACCAUCUGGCGAGGAAGCAGUUGGCGUUGCUUGCUGCCAAGUGCGUGAGGUCUGGUCGGGAGCGGCGGCCGUCGAUGAAGGAGGUUGUUGAGUGCCUUAAGGUUCUGAGCAAAACGGUUCCUGGGAACUUGUGGGACAAUAUCGCCGUUAAUCCAUGUAGGAUGGUUGAUGAGGUGGGGCAUGCGAUUGGGACUAGAAUUCCAAAUCCGAAUUCGAAUCUAGGAGCAAGGCAGCAGGAAGUGGGAGCUGUUGAAGAAGUGCCUUGGAGCUUGAGGAAGCUGAAUUCCACAAAAUCUGUCCACCCUGUGAGAAACACAAGCCGGGUCUUUUCCGAUGUGGGUUCGAGUAGUAGGAACUUGAUGGAUCUCAUGGCGGGGACAGAUGGGGAUUCUGGAUUCAAAGGAUCAGUUGACAUGGUUGAGUCAGCUUCUUUGGGCAUCAGGGGUCUGGGUCUUAGAGUUGGCAGUGAAAGAUCCUUUGGCAGGAUGAGAACUCAGCUGCUAGAGCAUGAUUAUGAUGGGAAUGGCAUUUUUCAGUUGCGGAGAAACCAAUCUGCCAAUCUCUCAAAGGAGGCCCGAAAUAUGUGAGGUUGGACAGGUUGUUAAUCUGAGUGGCUGUUAGCAGCCUUUUUGUGCAUUUUUAUUGAAUCAAUGCAGCAAUUGAAGGAGAAGCUUGCAUAAUAAAGGUGAAGGUUCGACUUUUUCUUGCUGUGCAUACCACAUUGGCUGUAGAGAGUAGCAUGUAGCUUGAUUUUCUGUUGGUGGAUUCCAAUCAAAAGGCCUUUUCAGUGGUCAUCUGCGUUUGUGGUGUUGAAUUGGUAUGAUUUUUGAUCCAAGGCAAGUUGAUGUUGGUCGGACAAACUAUUCAUGCUAUUUAUUUGCUCCCUUGUAUUCAGCUGAUCUUUCUUUUGUUACUAAUCAAGAUGUUAGUUGAUUGUUACUUUACUCAGCUAAUAGAAAAUUGAAUCAUUUCAAACA